GGCCGUACAUACGUACCACCCUAUGAUAAUUUUCUUUCGAAUUCAUCCACCACGUAUCGUGCAAUUUGUGGAAAUAUUUCGAUCAAUCCUUUUGUGCGGUUCGCUUUUCUUGGCAUAAAAAUUCAUGAUAUCUUCCUCAAACGAGUUUGUGCCGUACUCUCUUAGUGAACUACGCGAUCCAGCUCUGUGUAAUACUGCACUUCCUCUCAUAUCACCAAGAAAAUCCAAGGUGUCCUGUAAAUCAUGUCGCGAAUUGAAGAGCAAUGUACUUCUCAAGCUCCCCUAGACUACUUAGGUCUGGUGGAAAAGCAACGUCGGUUGUUGAAAGAUGUGUCUUCGACGCCGACGAUAUCCAAAGAUAGCAACUCUGGUAGCACUGCCGAAAAGAACCCAUGUAAACCAGACGCCGCCAAAUCAAAUGUUGCCUCUAUCCCGGCAACAACUGAGACUGAAUGGAUCUCCAACUGGAGGUUCGAACGAGUACCAUCUAGCAAGACCGAGACAGAAUGGAUCUCCAACUGGAGGUUCGAACGAGUUCCAUCCAGCAAGAAAACACAAGAUUUUGUUGUCGAUUCCGAUGUUCAAGUGAAGAAAACGAAGUCGUCAAAGAUCUUUGACUCCUCUCCGAGCGAGAGUCAAGAAGGUGGAAUAUUUUACUUCCAGCGCAUUUGUUCUCGAAACGAAUCUCACAAGACAAAAACUGCACAUGAUUCCUAUACCCGGGUCUCUGAAUCCUCAUCGGAUUGUGCUGUAACUACCAAUGGCGAUCAACAACUGCCAAAUUUCUUCGAAGUGAAUGUCGACGGCGACGAUCUAUUUGCGGACUUGGAAGCCGUUGCUGAUUCGAAAGACGAUAGCGAAAUAUCCUUCGACGAUUUGAUGGACAUUGAUGUCGAAGACGGCGCCUCCACAGAACACAUACAGAACUACAACGGCCACCCAUAUUCUGAUUCCAUCUACGACGUCGAUGGAUUCCUCAACGCGACUGUAGAUAACUUGAGAAAUGCUUCCCUGGAAGAUGACGAAGACAUCAAUAUGAUGAGCUGCGACGACACUGCCAGCAACAAUAUGAAUACCUACUUGUCGCCCGUUACAAGCAAGGCGAGUCUUUCGUCUACUCUUCCUUUUGGAUCGCUGGAUUCCCCCACGUGUGUCGCACAAGACAUGGCAUUGUCUCCCAUAUUCAGCAGCAGUCUCUCCAUGCCGUCGGCAUCCACUAGGCCCGCUUUUCAACAAAUGCGCAAGAUUAUGACGAAACAGCUCAUGGACAUAAACAACGGCAGCAUGCCCCGUUCCCUCCACAAAGAUUCUCUGCUUCCGUGUGCCGAAGGCAUGGACCAGAUGUAUCUAGAUACACUACAGAAAUUGUCCAUUAGUAUGGCACGUAGCAAUCGAACCAGAAAGUCUCUCAGCAUCCCCCUGCAAACAAUGCAAGACGGCAAUGAUUCACACGGACUACAGCGGCAACAGGACUACAACAACCGAGAAUAUACCCGUGUCAAUCAAGUUUUGAAAUCCGUUCAAACCUCCAGUCGACAUGUCGAUACAUGUCUGCAAAGUGUUCGCAUGAUGAGUCGAUAGGAUAGCUUACAAACUACUGUACAAUAGCAAUAUCUAAUUCCUUUUUCGUUUUAAACUAAGCACCUCCUCGAAAUCCCAAUCUGCGAACGAAACGUCUUCGUCAACUGAUAUACACGAGCACAAACAGUAUCACAGGAACGCUUACGAAAUGCUUCCCUUCCUAUUCAUCUUGGCAGCAAUGCCAAGAAAACAUGCUGUUCCAUGCACUUUCGUCCUCGCCGAAUUCAGGCAAGCGAAUUUUUCAACACGCUUCAAAUAUCUGAUACGGCGCGAAUUCUCGUUCAACAGGUUAAACGAAAGCGGAUAAACUGAUAGCGUAACAAAGAAUAACAUUCUUGCAAUAAAGAUCAUUUGGACCUGUUUGAUAAGUUCAGAAAAAUAUUCAACGGAACAGAAAAUGGAAGAUUUUUCUUUUGAUAUUUUCCCGAUAUCAAAAUCCAUUAAUGUAUCUGGUGGGCAAUUUGCAAGAACGUUCUUGUGAGACCACUACUAAACAUUGAAUUAUUGGAAACGACACGAAGUAAAAAGUAGUUGAGCACACAGAGGGAACACAAACUCUUUAAUUAACGCCUUCAUAAUCAUACUUAAAGGUCUCACUAUGAGACAAUGUACGACGUUCUUCUUCCUUCUAGACUUGGUGAGGUCCGGGACCUACCUUAGGAUCGUACUGGAUCCUGUACGGAUUUUCGUACUAUAAUUGAACACGAGUAUGAAACAAUGGGUGAUUCCCGUUAUUCUAGAUCUCUAAAUUUUUGGUCUGUCAGUCCAUCAGAAUUUAGAGUUUUUGACUCUAGAUUUAGCACAUUUAGGACCGGUCCUAAAUCUCUAGAUUUAGAGUGGAACCCAUGAAUAAAAUACUUUCCAGUCGUCCCUUGAAAGACUUAACACACGUAUCGAAAAUUUGUGCCUCUUUUUAGUCAGCACGCAGGCCUAUUUUUAGAGUAUAGUAGUUAAGAUUCCAAAUUCCGGAAAAGACUGGCAUCGAGCUGGCAUCCUCUCAGUCUUUCCGUUGAAUGUCUUGAUUCCCGUUACUCUAGAUCUCUAGAUUAGAGUUUUAGAGAUUUAGAAUAACGGGAAUGACCCAAUGAGCCAGUUUCUCAUACCGGUAAGUCAGUAGUACAAGCAGUAGGUUUCUCAUACAUACUUAGUAGAAAUACAUACCGUACGAAGUACAGCGCUGUACUUGUGCAGUAACAACGGAGGCCUCGGCUCAUAAUCAUUAUGAUCAGCAUGUACUAUACGACGGUACAAGUACAUGGUUGAGUAGGAGUACUCGUACGCACCACACCGGUAGUUCGAAAUCUUCGAACAGACUUCAAACUCGUACUACGAACUCGUAGAUAUUAAUCGUACCGUAUGAGUAAAACAGAAAAGGGGAAACGGGAACAAUUACAAAAAUGAAGACGAGCUAGCACGACUCGUGUUAUUAGAGGUACUUCUGCUCUCUUCACUUUUUCAUUUCUGAACAGAAAGUUCAGAUAAACCUUGGACACAGUUGCUCAAGGACACGGUCAACAAAGACAAGAUAGCGCAAAUGCGAAGUGAACUGGAAUAUAAAAAAUUGCCAAGAAAGGAGCAUGAAACCAUAAUGUUACUUUCUUUCUCACUCGUGGUGGUGUUCUUGGCUUCAAAAGUGUCUCCUUGCGAGGUCAAAUUUGUUUCCAGGUGUUACAGUGUACAUUUUUCAUGAACAAUGUAGAGAGGRGCAUCUUACUGUAAAGGCUUGUCGAGCAGAAUCUGCUGUCGGAUCUCUUUAGUAGUGCGAUACAUCGACACCUGCCAWCGGUGCGACACACCGUUGUAACAAUAAAAUAAGUGCGAUCUCCAUAUCGCAGAAAUCGUGUUUUGUUUCCAUUUGUAUGUUUCAUUCAGUAUCUCCACAGGUCAGAAUACUGACGCUCAAAGGGGAAAAGACUUUCUUUGCUGCGCAAUCAUUGCUACCAUAGAUAUGUUCAGCCUACGAUUGCUACUCCACCAUAUUUGUCUUUCACCAAGAGAUUGUUCUUCUCUUUUUCCAUGAUAUAUUCUUUCCAAAGCGGUCCACAGGUAGCAGUCUUUUUGGACCAACUGCAACAUAUUUGAUACCUUCGGGGAAUUCCAGGCUCGCUAAGACAUUGUGCUACKGGAGGAGGAGCUGGCGAAGAGUGAUCGUCAGUGUAGUUGCCGAAGACGAAAUCAUGCCCAUGUCGACGAGCACCGCACUGACCAUGGAGCAACAAUUUCAACACAACAUGAAAAUUGCUGCAGCAAUUCAGAUACACUUUUCCGGCAUUGAAAUGGAAUUUGAGUGCGGUCAAGCUCGACACGAUAGUUUUCUCUCUAUCGGUAGAAGCGAAAUCCUUUGGAUAUCCAGAUCCUUGCAUGUUGUCGUUUUCAUUCACCAGAAAUUGAAAUGGGAAGGAUGAGUUCCGUUGAUAGACGAGGGAUUCAUUGUAGAUUUUCGGAUCUUCAGUUGUCACGAUAAGUUUUGGCCGUGGAUCGAUAUCGACAGCAGAACUGAUGUUUCUAGGGUAUGAUAGACCAGGAUAUGCAACGUCAGUGGCAAGUUCCAUGUACCGAUCAAAAGGUAGGCAUGUGCUCUCUGAUUUGCACUUGUCAGAUCCACGAAUAGCCAACCCAACAGUUUCUGAAGGAUMCAUAUCUUCAGUUCGAAUUGUCGACAUCUGUUUUUCUAGCAAAUCUUUAUAAUGUGGAUUUGGCCGUAGCAUAUAUACGUAGACUUGA